AUGCCUGGACCACCUGGUGGAGUAAUGCCGGGUCCAGAUGGAGGACCUCCGCCUGGUCCUGAAGGUGGGCGUAUGCCUGGACCACCUGGUGGAGUAAUGCCGGGUCCAGAUGGAGGACCUCCGCCGGGUCCGAAAGGUGGGCGUAUGGCUGGACCACCUGGUGGAGUAAUGCCGGGUCCAGAUGGAGGACCCCCGCCGGGUCCGGAAGGUGGGCGUAUGCCUGGACCACCUGGUGGAGUAAUGCCGGGUCCAGAUGGAGGACCCCCGCCGGGUCCGACAGGUGGCCUUAUGCCUGGACCACCUGGUGGGCGAAUACCGGGUCCAAAUGGAGGACCCCCGCCGGGUCCGAAAGGUGGGCGUAUGCCUGGACCACCUGGUGGCGUAAUACCGGGCCCAGACGGAGGACCUCCGCCUGGUCCUGAAGGUGGACGUAUGCCUGGACCACCUGGUGGAGUAAUGCCGGGUUCAGAUGGAGGACCUCCGCCGGGUCCAGAAGGUGGGCGUAUGCCUGGACCACCUGGUGGAGUAAUGCCGGGUCCAGAUGGAGGACCCCCGCCGGGUCCUAAAGGUGGCCUUAUGCCUGGACCACCGGGUGGCGUAAUACCGGGUCCAGAUGGAGGACCUCCGCCUGGUCCUAAAGGUGGGCGUAUGCCUGGACCACCUGGUGGAGUAAUGCCGGGUCCAGAUGGAGGACCCCCGCCGGGUCCUGAAGGUGGCCUUAUGCCUGGACCACCUGGUGGGCGAAUACCGGGUCCAGGUGGAGGACCCCCGCCGGGUCCUGAAGGUGGGCGUAUGCCUGGACCACCUGGUGGGCGAAUACCGGGUCCAGGUGGAGGACCCCCGCCGGGUCCGAAAGGUGGACGUAUGCCUGGACCACCUGGUGGCGUAAUACCGGGCCCAGACGGAGGACCCCCGCCUGGUCCUGAAGGUGGGCGUAUGCUUGGACCACCUGGUGGCGUAAUGCCGGGGCCAGAUGGAGGACCUACGCCGGGUCCGACAGGUGGACGUAUGCCUGGACCACCUGGUGGGCGAAUACCGGGUCCAGAUGGAGGACCCCCGCCGGGUCCGAAAGGCGGACGUAUGCCUGGACCACCUGGUGGCGUAAUACCGGGCCCAGAUGGAGGACCUCCGCCGGGUCCGACAGGUGGCCUUAUGCCUGGACCACCUGGUGGGCGAAUACCGGGUCCAGGUGGAGGACCCCCGCCGGGUCCGAAAGGUGGACGCAUGCCUGGACCACCUGGUGGCGUAAUACCGGGCCCAGAUGGAGGACCUCCGCCGGGUCCUGAAGGUGGACGUAUGCCUGGACCACCUGGUGGAGUAAUACCGGGUCCAGGUGGAGGACGUCCCCCAGGUCCUAAAGGUGGGCGUAUGGCUGGACCACCUGGUGGAGUAAUGCCGGGUCCAGAUGGAGGGCCCCCGCCGGGUCCUAAAGGUGGGCGUAUGCCAGGACCACCUGGUGGAGUAAUGCCGGGUCCAGAUGGAGGACCUCCGCCUGGUCCUGAAGGUGGACCUAUGCCUGGACCACCUGGUGGGCGAAUACCGGGUCCAGGUGGAGGACCCCCGCCGGGUCCGAAAGGUGGGCGUAUGCCUGGACCACCUGGUGGAGUAAUGCCGGGUCCAGAUGGAGGAGCUGGCCCUGGUCCUGAAGGUGGCCUUAUGCCUGGACCACCUGGUGGGCGAAUACCGGGUCCAGAUGGAGGACCUCCGCCUGGUCCUGAAGGUGGGCGUAUGCCUGGACCACCUGGUGGCGUAAUACCGGGCCCAGACGGAGGACCCCCGCCGGGUCUUGAAGGUGGACGUAUGCCUGGACCACCUGGUGGCGUAAUACCGGGCUCAGACGGAGGACCUCCGCCGGGUCCUGAAGGUGGACGUAUGCCUGGACCACCUGGUGGCGUAAUACCGGGCCCAGAUGGAGGACCUCCGCCGGGUCCUGAAGGUGGCCUUAUGCCUGGACCACCUGGUGGGCGAAUACCGGGUCCAGGUGGAGGACGUCCCCCAGGUCCUAAAGGUGGGCGUAUGCCUGGACCACCUGGUGGAGUAAUGCCGGGUCCAGAUGGAGGACCCCCGCCGGGUCCUGAAGGUGGCCUUAUGCCUGGACCACCUGGUGGAGUAAUACCGGGUCCAGAUGGAGGACCUCCGCCUGGUCCUGAAGGUGGGCGUAUGCCUGGACCACCUGGUGGCGUAAUACCGGGCCCAGACGGAGGACCCCCGCCGGGUCUUGAAGGUGGACGUAUGCCUGGACCACCUGGUGGCGUAAUACCGGGCUCAGACGGAGGACCUCCGCCGGGUCCUGAAGGUGGACGUAUGCCUGGACCACCUGGUGGAGUAAUACCGGGUCCAGAUGGAGGACCUCCGCCGGGUCCAGAAGGUGGGCGUAUGCCUGGACCACCUGGUGGCGUAAUACCGGGUCCAGACGGAGGACCCCCGCCGGGUCUUGAAGGUGGACGUAUGCCUGGACCACCUGGUGGCGUAAUACCGGGCUCAGACGGAGGACCUCCGCCGGGUCCUGAAGGUGGACGCAUGCCUGGACCACCUGGUGGAGUAAUGCCGGGUCCAGAUGGAGGACCUCCGCCUGGUCCUGAAGGUGGGC